AUGACGCAUCUCACCGACUACCGUCUCCUCUGCUUCGAUGUCUACGGGACAUUGAUCGACUGGGAAGGCGGAAUUCUCGCCGCCCUCCAGCCCCUACUGGCAAACCAAGGCCAAUUCACCCGCGAGCAACUGCUCACCAUCUACCACGAGCUCGAAGCCGAGCAGCAACGGCUAACCCCCGACAUGCCGUACUCGCAACUGCUCGCCACCGUUCACCCACUCCUUGCCGCACGCCUAGGUCUCCCCACGCCCAGCGAAGAAGCCAACAGUGCCUUUGGAGAAUCAGUAGGCCAUUGGCCCGCCUUCCCGGAUACAGUCGAAGCCCUGAAAAGACUAUCGAAGCAGUACAAGCUUGUCGUGCUGUCCAACGUGGACCGAGCCUCAUUCGCCAAGUCCAACGCGGGCAGUCUCCAGGGAUUCCCCUUUGAUAAGAUCAUCACAGCCCAAGAUAUCGGCUCUUACAAGCCGGAUGCGCGGAACUUUGAGUACAUGAAGGGUGCGGUGCAGGAGGAGUUUGGUAUUGCGCCUGGGCAGAUACUUCAGACGGCUCAGAGCCAGUUUCAUGAUCAUCAGCCGGCGCGGAGGGCGGGGAUCAAGUCUGUGUGGAUUGUGCGCCCUGGAGCCACGAUGGGGAAUCGGGAGGAUCCGAUCUUUGAUUGGCGGUUUGAUACUUUGGGUGAGAUGGCUGAUGCGUUGUAA